AUGCCUGCUUUUGCUGCUCAUGACACCAAUUCCUCCAACUUUCUCCUAACAGGCUUUCCUGGCCUGGAACAGGAAUAUCUCUGGCUCUCCAUCCCCUUCUCUUGUAUCUACUCUGCGGUACUCUCAGGGAACUGCCUGGUGCUCCAUGUGAUCCGUACCGAGCCAAGCCUGCAUGAGCCCAUGUUCUAUUUCCUGGCCAUGCUGGCCCUCACUGACCUGUGCAUGGGGCUGUCCACAGUGCACACGGUCCUGGGGAUUCUGUGGGGCCUCAGCCAGGAAGUCAGCCUGGAUGCCUGCAUUGCUCAAACUUACUUUAUCCACGGUCUAUCCCUCACAGAGUCUGGUGUCCUUCUCGCCAUGGCUUUUGAUUGUUUUACAGCGAUCUGUAAUCCUCUUAGGUAUACAUCCAUACUAACCCACGCCAGAAUCAUCAAAAUCAGGCUGGGGAUUUUUGUAAGGAGUUUUAUGUUCAUCAUUGCUCCCAUAAUUCGCCUAAAGUUUUUCCACUACUGCCAUUCCCAUGUCCUCUCUCACUCUUUCUGCCUUCACCAAGACCUGCUGAGACUAGCAUGUUCUGACAUCCGCUUCAACAGUUUCUAUGCCUUGGCUCUGGUGAUUUGUACUCUUUUGUUUGAUUCCAUGUUAAUUCUUGUGUCCUACAUUCUGAUCCUGCAUUCUGUCUUGGCUAUUGCAUCCCGGGAGGGGCGCCUCAAGUCCUUGCAGACUUGCAUCUCCCAUAUCUGUGCUGUUCUGGUUUUCUAUAUCCCGAUCAUCGGUCACCGCUUUGGGAAGCACCUGUCUCCUGUGGUCCAUGUGCUUAUGCGCAACAUCUACAUCAUAUUCCCACCUUUGAUGAACCCCAUCAUCUAUAGCGUGAAGACCCAACAGAUCCGUGGCAGGAUUCAGAGGUGGUUCUCCAUGAAGAAGGAGUGA